AUGUCCACCUCUCAGCUCACUCCUCGGGCCAAACCGAUCCCUUUGCUAUCCGAAAAGUCGCUCCCAUCACCGCCACCACCAUCACCUUCGCCUUCUUCCCGGCCUCCGUCGUCCGACGCAGCGACACACCCAGCUGCUUCAACAUCCUACGCUGCCAAGACCAUCAAGGCUCUUCCAGCUCGUCCCACCUUCCCGUGCAGCUGGGCAGAGUCCGCCUCUGUCGAGGGUGAGUCGAGCGCAGAUUCCGUCUUCCUCACACACGCCUUGCGCUCGAGAUCAAGUGGCAGCACCGCGUCUUUCCUCGACUUCGGCCCAGAUACGCCCGAGAGUCAACUCUUUGCUCGCGCGCCGGCCGGUGCUCGACCCGGCACAGCUCCGCAUCUCACGCAGCGUCAGCGAGUGGACUCUUUCAAAGACGGCGCCAGCAUUGCAACGUCCAGUCCAACAUCCUCGCCGCCGCAAGAGUUUUAUUCGCCACGGCUCAUGCCAGAAUCCCCAAGGUCGACGAUUCGAUCUGCACAGUCCUUAAACAUGUCGUCCGGGUCUCCCUCGAGCUCUGUUCGCAGAGCGGCGCGCCCGUCCCUCCCGACACAGUGGAAGACGAGCCCAGACAGUAGCAAGAAUCCACCUGCUGCCCCUCCUCGUCUGAGCUCUGUCGAGUCGGCCAAGCUCUUCGAGCCCUCACCGUUCCCCCCUGCUGGCAGUCAGCAUGGCCACAGUGGCCAGUCUUCUCCUGCCAGUCAAAGGCUCAGCUCGCAUCACACUCGCUUCUCCUCCGACUAUUCGGUUCGCGACUCGUCUUCAACCCAGACCUCCCUGUGGACCGAGCGCAGCAUGGCCAGUUGCGCCACCAGCCCCGCCUGCGCACAAUACGCCCUCUUCGCAUCAGAUGACGCGGCCGGCCAUGUGGCUACCAAAGGCGGAGACAUAUGCGACACCACCGAGGAGCUUGACGAGGACUCGGUAGGUCUUGGCAUCACUUCUGACUUUGAACACGACACCUCUAGUCGAAGAUCCAGUGCUGCUCCCGUCCUGCCUUCGCCCAUGCUUCCCGGCAGUGCAAAGGCCAUGCAAGGUCCUUUUUCGCAUCAUCGCGCUCCUUCCUGGACCAGGCGUGUAGAUGUCUCUCCCUUCUCUGGUCUCCCUUCGCAAUCGUAUGCGAACGGAGAGGGCGGCCUGCGACCCUUGGGCUCGAAUGUCAGCCCAAGCAUGCAGCGCGCACUAAGUGAUGUCACCCCCGUCUCGUCAGCCGGCGAGGACAUCGCUGCUGCUGUUGCUUCUGUCUCGUCCUCUACAUCGGUAAAUCUCGACAUCCCGCUUCGUCGCGACUCACGUAUCCGUUGCUCUUCAGAUUCAGCCAGUUAUCGCCAGACAACAUACGACACUUCAAAGCAUUUGCAUUCACCUGCGCUUUCGAACUCUUCUUCGGCAUCCAACUCAGGACGCUUCACUCCGGGACUUCCACCAAUGUCGUCGAACAGUGCAGGCAUCGGCAACCUCAGUGUCUUGCAGAGCCCGCCGCGCACUACUUCGCUGCACUACUCGCCUUCUGCCCGAUCCAUGCGAGGUUCUCCGAAAAGCGGGUCGCCGCUGACACCCCCGGCCCAGAGCCCAGGAUGUGCAACUCGAAGGCCCGCUCGCCCAACCUUGGACCGCAUCACAACCAUAUGUGAUCUCAGCAACUCGAUCAUAGCUGUGCCGUCGACGCCAGACACCGAGUCCGAGCACGACUCGCCAAUCAGAACCACGCGAGAACCUUCGUUGCGAACCUCGUCUGCUGCUUCGCGUGCGCGCAGGGUGUCAGACGCCUCGAUCAACAGUUUUCUCCAAAACGGCGAGUUCAGUCACAUUGUCGGUGCUUACACGAGCAGGAUGCGCUGGGAGGAGGGCCUCUACGAUUUCGACGAGAGUGCCGAGUUGGAUGGUGACGAGUCGAGGGCGGUACAGACAGCUGAGGACGGCAGCGCUACGAUCGUCCAGGGCAGUGAUCUGACUCUGGCGCAGAUCGAGGCCGAGACUGGCCCCAACACUACGCACCUUUUGCUCAGCUGCAACCAGACAGAGGGCCUCGCUGAAGUCUUGGAACGCAUGUUGCCACAAACCACCAAUCUGCUGGUCCUCGACCUGUCCAACUGUGGUCUGCAACGCCUUCCAGACGCCAUUGGCGCAUGCAUCGCACUCGAAGAACUCGACAUUUCCGGUAAUCCAGCCGACCACUUACCAGAUUGGAUCCUAAACCUUCGCGCUCUCCGAAUCCUUUCAGCUGACCGCAUCGGACUGCACCACCUUCCCUCGAGCCUCAUUCAGCUUCAGGUGCUUCAGCGCCUUAGCAUCCGAAACAAUCAGCUUGUCUUCUUGCCUAGCUGGCUCUACCGCAUGUCAAAGCUCAACAACCUCUUUGUCGAGGGCAAUCACUUCCGCGGGCCGUGGCAGGACAUUGUAGCACCGUUGCUCUCACAGGCCCCUGAGCCACUUGAACGCUCCUCGCAGCCAGCACAGGCGCAGCAGAUUGAGCAUGCCCCAAGCAUGCAAGUAUGUUCGAGCAGCGCCAACCAUUUCAACCUUCAGCAGGUGUCGGAACGCCCCCUCAUGGCUCGGAUGCGCAGCGCGAAUGACCUGCAGAGCAUGCUCAGCGGUCCCUUUGGAUCUUCGACUCCACCGGCGUCGACUCCCGAUUUCCAGAGCGACGAUAGCGGACACGUCAGCCCAAAGGGUGCACAGUCGCGGCCCACCACCGCAUACGAGGAUCGAAUCACCAGACUCUCGUUUGCCGACGAAGCGGAUUCGCAUACCCCCGGUGGAGGCAAGUGGGGCGGAUUCCUCAAGAAGAUCGGACGCAAGGCCUCGAGCCAGAGACUUGGUGUAGCAUACAACGACCAUACGACGAGUCCAAGCGAGAGCCGAUUUUCGUCGCCAAAAGCUUCGCGUAAAUCCCUUCGCUCGUCUAAUGGCGCUGCGAGGUCCAAUUCGAUCUCGAGGAGCGGGGCAGCCGCUGCUGCGACGACUCCGUCUCAAUCCGAGCCCAUCUGUCCUUCGAUCGUCGAGGUGUCUCGCAGUCUUGCUCAGGCAGUCGGUGAGAAUCCCGUCAACCGUAACGCGCCUAUGACGCCGCUCGAAGCACCCUCCCGUCCCCGGAUGCUUCCGGAGCCAGUUAGGCUCUUGCAGCCAUUUCAUUCAGACUCGGACGCGAAAAAAGCGCGCAGACGCAGCUUCUUACCGGUACAGGCCUUUGCAAAUGCAGCUGCUGCCGCUGUUCCCAUCACAUCGGAAUUGAAGGGUUCUACCGCGGCGCCUUCCUCGUCCCAGGAGAUGGAUGAAGAGAGCCUUGCCAUGCACCGUAAUCGCCUUCGUGCGCUUAUGCACUACCUCCGCGAUCUCGACGAUCUCACUGCCGCACGCAGCGAAGCAACGUCGGUUGUAGGACCCAGCAAGAGCGCGCUUGCGCACCUUCGCGAUGCGAACGGAUCUUCGCGCAGACCCAGCAUGCAUCGCGCAGAGUCGAGCAAUCCUUCAACCAAGUCGCGAGAUUCAGGCGGAGAGUACGUUAUCAGCACGGCGGCCAGCUCCAUUUCGGAAGGAGCCUCAAGUGAGCCGGCGCGUCUCAGCACAGCUCGGUGCAGCAAGGACGACUCGGUGAGACGAUUCCGCAUCAUUGCCGAAAUCGUGUCGACCGAGCGCACCUACGUGAAAGGACUGGGUGAGCUGGUCGACAUCUAUGCCAAACCUGCCAUGGCGCCUGCCGACGGCAACAGCGGUGUCCCAGUAAUUCCGCCUGGCGAGCACCGUGCUGUCUUUGGCAACGUCGAAGCUCUGCUGCAGUUCCAUCGUACUGUGUUCCUCCCAUCUCUGGUAGCGAUGGCGAGGCCAGUGCUUGAGCACGACCAGGAUUCGCCCGGCGAUAUGGCACCUGAGGAGACUGCGGCGGUGGCGGAGAAGGUGGCCUCGGUGUUUUCGACGCACGCGGCAUUCUUCAAGAUGUACACGAGCUACAUCAACAACUGCGACUCUGCGCAAGACAGGAUCAGUGCAUGGAUGGCGACAACCACAGCUGGCAACGGCGGUGGUCUUUCGUUGCGUGGCGCUUCCGGCUACAGCGCCUUGCAGGCAUUCGGAGCCCUGUCUGCGCAGCAAGGUGCUGCCACAGCCAUACACGCGAACGGCAUGAUAAGUGCAAACUCUGCCUCUGGCCUUUAUGGCUCAGACACUCAUCUGUCUCCGUCGCAGCGUAAGAAGAUCAAGACGUUCAUGAAGCGUUGCCGCACUCAUCCUCGUCAUACUCAGCUCAACGUGGAGAGCUAUCUGCUGCUUCCCGUGCAGCGCAUCCCUCGAUAUCGCCUGUUGCUCGAGGAUCUGGUCAAGAGCACGGACACGACUCGACUGGCGGAUGGCGAUGCGCUUGCAAUGGCGCUGGAGCAUGUCACGCAGAUUGCAUCCAAGGUCAACGAGAGCAAACGUCAAUCCGAGCAGGAUCGACGAUUGCUGGCGUGGCAGUACCGCAUCCGUGGACACAUCGAGGGACCCCUGGUGCAGCCUCACCGUCGCCUGCUCAAGGACGGAUCUUUGCAGCUCAAGCGUGUGGUGCGUCGCAUCCCAGGCUUUGUUCGAUGCAAUCGAAGCGCUUCGGACGGUAGUGCCGAGCAGCGGCAGAGCUAUGGCGCCUUGUCGCCGGCUCAAGUCGUGUCGGGCCAGAAUCAUGUGCUGUCCGCCGACCACUUACAGCAAGUGACCGAGAACCAAAGCAUGUCUCUGAUCCUCUGUAGCGAUGUCGCGGUUUUGUGCACCGAGCAGGCGAGGAGCAAAGAUGCCAACGCGCCCGUGUUGCUUCGAUCGAUGCUCAAACUAAUUCGACCCGUCGAGGUUCUCGGUGGAGUGAAUCUGCGCAUCGUAGAUCGCUCCGAGAUUCUGUACCUUGCCGCAUCGUCGCCGGAAGAGGCGGUGGCUUGGAAGACGGCGUUCGAUCUUCACUUCUACCAGUAA